AAUCAGUGGCGGCGCAGGGACCCCGUGUCCCCGCGCGGAGUCUGCGCUCAAAACAGUUUCUGCCUCAGGCCACGAUGGUGUGCUGUUCCAAGUAGCUGCUGCCUCUGGGAGGAGGACCUCCUUGGCAGCCCAGCAGGUCUGGACAGAGCCCUACCAUCUGGGCCUCUGUUGGCAGGAACCAUGGCCGAGGCUGGGGAUGCUGCGCUGUCGGUGGCCGAGUGGCUGCAGGCGCUGCACCUAGAGCAGUACAGCGGGCUCUUCGAGCAGCAUGGACUGGUAUGGGCUGCCAGUUGCCAUGGCCUCAGCGAUGCCCGCCUGGUGGACAUGGGCGUGCUACUCCCCGGCCAUCGCCGCCGCAUCCUGGCCGGCCUGCUCCGCACACAUGCACUCCCAACCCCUGCACCUCGCCCCACCCCACGGCCUGUGCCCAUGAAACGCCACGUCUUCCGCUCAUCACCUGCACCCACCACUCUACCUGAGCCACUGUCUACUGCUAGAGAGGAUGAGGGGCUGCUUGCUGCUCCCCCCAUCCCACCUCGAAGGAGCUGCAUGCCACCUGCCUGCUUCUCAGCCCCACCCACAGCUGCCCCAGACCCUAUGCUGCCCCCACUGCCCACCAAGCGACAUUUGACAGAGCUCAGCAUGCCAGUGCCACCUGUGCCCCCUCGCACAGGGCCCCCCCGUCUACUGGUGAGCCUUCCUUCCAAGGAGGAAGAGUUACUGCUGCCAUCACUGUCAUCCACUUCCCAGCCAGAGCUUGAAGAGCCCCCAUCCACCAUUUCCUGGGGGCCUCCCCAACCCCUAUCUCUACCUCCCAGUCUCCCGGAGAUCCCCCCAAAGCCUGUACGCCUGUUCCCAGAGUUUGAUGACUCUGACUACGAUGAGAUCCCAGAGGAGGGGCCAGGGGCCCCAGCCAGCGUGAUGACUAAGAAGGAGGAGCCCCCACCAAGCCGAGUCCCACGGGCCGUGCGAGUGGCCAGUCUGCUGAGUGAGGGGGAGGAACUGUCGGGGGACGACCAAGGGGAUGAGGAUGAGGAUGACCACGCCUAUGAAGGUGUUCCCAACGGUGGAUGGCACACUGGCAGCCUGAGCUUGCCCUUGCCCAGUGACUCUGUGAUUCCUGAGCUCCUGCCAUCCCCCAUGGACGGGCUGCCUGGGGGUCCCACCCCUGUCACACUGGUCAUUAAGGCCGGCUGGCUGGACAAGAACCCACCACAGGGAUCUUAUAUCUAUCAGAAGCGAUGGGUGAGACUGGAUGCUGAAUACCUGCGAUACUUUGACAGUAACAAGGAUGUCUAUUCCAAGCGCUUUGUCCCUGUGGCCUGCAUCUCCCGCGUGGCUGCCAUCGGGGACCAGAAGUUUGAAGUGAUCACAAACAACCGGACUUUUGCCUUCCGGGCAGAGAGUGAUGCCGAGCGGAAGGAGUGGAUGCAAGCCCUGCAGCAGGCUGUGGCUGAGCAGCGUGCCCAGGCCCGGCUGUCUAGUGCCUAUCUGUUGGGAGCUCGAGGCCCAGAGCCACCCGACUGCUCUGGCAGCCUAGAGCUACGUGGCUUUAAGAAUAGGCUGUAUGUGGCUGUGGUUGGGGACAAAGUGCAGCUCUACAAGAAUCUGGAGGAAUACCACCUGGGCAUUGGCAUCACCUUCAUCGACAUGAGCGUGGGCAAUGUGAAGGAAGCAGACCGGCGCAGCUUUGACCUCACCACACCCUACCGCAUCUUCAGUUUCUCGGCCGAAUCGGAACUAGAGAAGGAGCAGUGGCUGGAGGCCAUGCAGGGAGCCAUUGCUGAGGCCCUGUCCACCUCGGAGGUGGCCGAGCGCAUCUGGGCUGCAGCCCCCAACAGGUUCUGUGCCGACUGCAGGGCUGCCCAGCCUGACUGGGCUUCCAUCAACCUCUGCCUCGUCAUCUGCAAGCGCUGUGCAGGGGAGCACCGUGGCCUGGGUGCUGGCAUCUCCAAGGUGCGGAGCCUAAAGAUGGACAGGAAGGUGUGGACAGAACCACUCAUUGAGCUCUUCUUACAGCUGGGCAAUGGUGCUGGGAACCGCUUCUGGGCAGCCAAUGUGCCCCCGAGUGAGGCCCUACAGCCCAGCAGCAGCCCUGGUGCCCGGCGGUGCCACUUGAAGGCCAAGUAUUGUGAGGGCAAGUACCGCCGCUACCACCCGCUCUUUGGCAACCAGGAGGAGCUGGACAAGGCCCUGUGUGCUGCAGUUACCACCACAGACCUGGCUGAAACUCAGGCACUCCUGGGCUGUGGGGCAGGGGUCAGCUGCUUCUCAGGCGAUCCUGAGGCCCCCACGCCCCUGGCUCUCGCCGAGCAGGCGGGGCAGACACUGCAGAUGGAAUUCCUUCGGAAUAACCGGAGCACAGAGGUACCUCGGCUAGACUCAAUGAAGCCUCUGGAGAAGCACUACUCAGUUGUCCUGCCUACUGUAAGCCACAGCGGCUUCCUCUACAAGACUGCUUCUGCUGGCAAGCCACUGCAGGAUCGCCGUGCCCGGGAAGAGUUCAGCCGACGCUGGUGUGUCCUUAGCGACGGGGUCCUGAGCUACUACGAGAAUGAGCGGGCAGUGACACCCAAUGGGGAGAUUCGGACCAAUGAGAUCGUGUGCCUGGCAGUGCCCUCUCCCAAUACUCACGGCUUUGAGUACGCCUUUGAGGUGUACACAGAAGGAGAGCGGCUGUACCUCUUUGGGCUGGAGAGUACAGAGCUGGCUCGUGAGUGGGUCAAGUGCAUUGCCAAGGCAUUUGUCCCUCCCCUGGCUGAGGAGCUGCUGGGCCGGGAUUUUGACCGGCUUGGACGCCUACCCUACAAAGCUGGCCUGAGCCUACAGCGGACCCAGGAGGGCUGGUUCUCCCUCACUGGCUCUGAGCUCCAUGCCAUCUUCCCAGAGGGGCCCUGUGAGGAGCCGCUGCAGCUGCGGAAACUUCAGGAGCUUUCCAUCCAAGGGGACAGUGACAACCAGGUGCUGGUGCUGGUGGAGCGAAGGAGGACACUGUACAUUCACGGGGAACGAAGGUUGGACUUCACGGGCUGGCUGGGGGCCAUCCAGAAAGCAGCGGCCAGUUCGGGGGACACGCUGUCGGAACAGCAGCUUGGCGACUCGGACAUCCCAGUGAUCAUUUACCGCUGUGUGGAUUACAUCACACAGUGUGGCCUAACUUCUGAGGGCAUUUACCGCAAAUGUGGGCAGACUUCGAAGACCCAGAGGCUUCUGGAAAGCCUGCGGCAGGACGCACGCUCUGUGCACCUCAAGGAGGGCGAGCAGCACGUGGAUGACGUCUCCUCAGCACUCAAGCGCUUCCUGCGGGACCUGCCAGAUGGGCUCUUUACUCGUGCCCACCGCCUAGCCUGGCUAGAAGCCUCAGAGAUCGAGGAUGAGGAGGAGAAGGUCUCUAGGUACCAAAAGCUUCUUGCACAGCUACCCCCAGUCAACCGUGCUACUGUGAAGGCCCUUAUCAGCCAUCUGUACUGUGUCCAGUGCUUCUCAGACACAAACCAGAUGAACAUACACAACCUGGCUAUUGUGUUUGGGCCCACACUCUUCCAGACAGAUGGACAGGACUACAAGGCUGGCCGUGUGGUAGAAGACCUCAUUGGCCACUAUGUGGUGGUGUUCAGUGUAGAUGAGGAGGAGCUGAGAAAGCAACGGGAGGAAAUCACUGCCAUUGUGAAGAUGCGUGUGGCUGGCGCUGCCAGUGGAACCCAGCACGCUGGUGACUUCAUCUGCACUGUGUAUCUGGAGGAGAAGGCAGCAGAGGCAGAGCAACAUAUCAAGAUUCCAGCAUCUAUGACAGCUGAGGAACUCACCCUGGAAAUCCUGGACCGCAGGAAUGUGGGGAUCAGGGAGAAGGACUAUUGGACCUGCUUUGAGGUCAAUGAGAGGGAAGAGGCAGAGCGCCCCCUGCACUUUGCGGAGAAGGUGCUGCCAAUUCUGCAUGGGCUGGGCACAGAUAGCUACCUGGUGGUGAAGAAGUACCAGUCCAUGGAGGCCAUAAUGCUGUACCUGGCCAGCCGUGUAGGUGACACUAAGCAUGGCAUGAUGAAGUUCCGCGAGGACCGAAGCCUCCUGGGCCUGGGCCUGCCCUCUGGUGGCUUCCACGAUCGCUACUUCAUCCUCAACAGCAGCUGCCUGCGGCUCUACAAGGAGAUCCGGAGCCAGAGGCCAUGGAGCGGGGGCCCUGAGACUAGUCACCGGCCUGAGAAGGAGUGGCCUGUCAAGAGCCUCAGAGUCUACCUGGGAGUGAAGAAGAAACUCCGGCCUCCCACGUGCUGGGGAUUCACUGUGGUGCAUGAGACGGAGAAGCACGAGAAACAGCAGUGGUACCUGUGCUGUGACACACAGAUGGAACUCCGGGAGUGGUUUGCCACCUUCCUCUUUGUGCAGCAUGAUGGCCUGGUGUGGCCCUCGGAGCCUUCACGCGUGUCUCGGGUGGUGCCUGAGGUCCGGCUGGGCAGUGUGUCGCUGAUCCCCCUGCGUGGCAGUGAGAACGAGAUGCGCCGGAGUGUGGCUGCCUUUGCUGCAGACCCCCUGUCUCUUCUCCGCAAUGUCUGA